AUUAUAUAUCUAAAAUCCUAUGCAACUAAAACAAAAAUCGUUUUACAUUACGAUGAAGUUAAUCUUUGUUGAAUGAUCUACAUUGAGAAUCGAAAAUAAACAUAACUUUUUUAUCUCAUCAAUCUUAUCACCGCCCAUCAAACAUUGGUAAAUAUACAAUGGUUCAUAUGACAACCAUACCAUCAUUUCAUUUAAAUUAUGUUUGUUCAUUUAUAUGAUUGGAAACAAAAAUUUUUCUGUGUAUCGAUUGCUCAAAAACCGCAACAAACAAACUUAUAAAUAAAAUUAUUGAAUCAUUGUGAGCAAUCUGCUUCAAAAAAAAAAAUAAAAUAAAAAUAUACAGAGAAAUCAAACAACCAUUUUACAUCCUUUAUACAAUGAAUCAUCGACCAUAAUCACAUAAUCAUCCGAGAAAAUUUGGACCAUCAUUUUUCUCUGUUGCCUUGUAAAAAUGUUUUUAAUUUAUAACGUAAAAUAAAAAAGAGAAAAAAGAUGCCCAAAAAAUUGACCAAUACAUCAUCAUCAUCAAAUUCCAUACUGAGACGUGUGUCUCAAUUCGAACAACAACAACAACAACAAGAACAAUCUCUUACUGAUGACCAAAUGGCCGAUUCGUCGGAAGAGUCAUCCAAUGUAAACAAUCAUUUUAUCAAUGUUGCAUUUGAACGAUUCAAACAUGAAUUCAUUGGACUUUACCCAGAAUCAACCUUACCAUUCGAACAGCUUGAUUCAUUAAAUCAAGCUAGACAUUUACUUGGUGAUCACAAAAAUCAUAUCCAAUCAUUAACUAAAGAAUUAAAUCGUUGUAAAUUUACGGUUAAAUUUUUGGAAGAGAUCAUUAAUCGUCAUGAUAAAGAAUCCAAACAACAUGGUCAUCAUGGAUCCAAUAACAUUGGGAAAAAUGAUGAAAUAUUAGUCAAUGAUGAUUCUAUGAUGUUGAACACUUCCGUUGAUGUCACCACAAAUCCAUCAUCAUCGCAAUAUGUCACUGUGAUAACAUUAAAUGAUAGCGCUUAUGGCGAAAUACAGAAAAUUUCCCCAAAUAAAACUUCACCCACAUCAUCAUCCUCAUCAUCGGUGACUGCAGUGGCAGAAAAUAGUAUUGAAAACAAUAAUGAUGAUGGCAAUGGAAAUGCCCAUCACAACGAAACAAAACUGGAUCAUCAGCAACAGGCAACCAAAACAGUACCUGAACCAAUAUAUUCGAAUACUCUGGAAACACAAAAAUCUACACUUGAUAAAGCAAAGAAACGGCCACCUACACCACCAAGGAAACCAAAAUUGCCCAACAAAUCACUGAAUAGUCACAGCAACAAUAGUAUAAACAAUAUUGAAACAUCAGCUAUAUCAAAGCAAUUAUCAUCGCAAACCCAUCAACAAUCACAAUUGACUAAAAGCGAAAGUCUUACAACAACAAACAAAUCCAACCCAUCAUCAUCAUCAUCUUAUUGUAAUCGAUCUCAAUUCCAAAGAAAAUUCAAUGGUCCAUUACAACGAAUCGACCAACAACAUGAAAGUGAUUCCAAUAAGAUGAACAACAAAAGGUUUAAUAAAAAAUCAAUAACGACAAAUAAUCAGAAUAAAGUACCAUAUAUGCGAACAUUUAGCUUGGAACCAAAUGUUCCAUUAUCAUCGACCAAAUCAAAUCGCAACAUGAUUAAAAGAUUACAACAAACAGAUAAAACCGAAUCAUCAUCACAGCUUUCAGAUUAUAAUAAUAUCUACGAUACAGUAGCACCUGAUGAUUCUGAUGGCAUUGAUCAUGAUGAUGACCCAAAUAAUGAUAAAGCAAAUGAAGAUUGUGAUAAUCGAACUAAUGAACAUAAUUUGACAAGUAAUGACGAAGAGAUGGAAACCUCUAGUCAAGAAAUGUUAAGCCGAUCAUCAUCAACAGAUGAACUUUCCAAUUAUGUUAAUAUUGAUUAUUUUUUGCGGAAAAAUUCAGUUGGUCGUUCCAAUUCUAACAUACCAGUUGCAUCUCGUUUAUCAUCAAGUGGUAAUAGAAAAAUUUCUUCCUCUGGUUUAAAUGUAGAAGAAUCAGAAAAUGAAAAUGAAACCUUAUCGAGUAUGAAAUCCUCAUCGGAUUAUGAUCAUUUUGGUUCAAGUGAUAAUUUAUUAAAACAGUUUCAAAUUCCUGCCAACGAUACGGCAAAAAGUUCGUACAAUUCGAUUGGUACGACAACUAGUACUUCAUCGGCAUCGAGUCUUCGACUCCGAAACGCAAAAUUAUUGAAUAAAGAAUCCAACAAUAUAGAAUCAAAUUAUCCUUCCAUUAGUUUGAUGUCGACAUUUACACCGCCGCCUUCGAUUCAUGACAAAGAAUUUAAUUUUUUUAAACCAACAGCUCAAACAUUGACUACUACUUCGCAGGAGACAUCUUUAAGUGAAAAAGACGAAAAUUUUGCCUAUAGUGAGGGGUCGGAUUUCAAUCAGUUGAUGGAUACAUCUUCAUCAUCACCACAACCGAAAAAUAUUCCAUCCACUUCUUCACCAUCAGCCAUAGCAUUGGAAACGGAUUUCUAUGCAUUCGCCGAUAUUAUUCAUCAUGAUACUAUCGCAACAACAACAGGGACCAUAGCUGAUAAUCUUGAUUCCAUUAAUACUUCUGAUGAUUCAUUGGACCGUGAUGAAAAAUCCAUAUCAACAAAAUUUGAACAUCAGGGAUCAUUGAAAUCAACCAUAACAAAUAAUAAUUUUAAUAUUGAAAAUUUGAUAGAUGAAGAUAAUAAACGUAUGAACGUUAAUAAGACGACGUAUACGACCGAAUCCGAUCAAUCACAGCAAAUGCAAUGGAGUAUUGUACGCAGUAUAAUCGAUAGUGAAACUAUCUAUCUGGAUUGUCUAAACACAUUGAACAAAUAUCGUAAAGCAUUCGAAUCGGCAUCCAAAGGUGAUAAUGCCCUCAUAUCCAUAGAAGAUUUAGAUACCAUAUUCUAUAGGAUUGCCAAUUUAUAUGAUAUACAUAAUGCAUUCCUAGCCGGAUUGAAAAAAGUUGAACAUGGUUUUAAAUUACGACAUUCAUCCAUGAUGGCUGAUUCAAAAUUAGCGGCAAAAUUGAUUGGCAAACAAUCGAUUGGUGAAUUGUUCAAUCGGUUAGCCGAACAAUUACCUGUGUAUGCAGAUUUUUUGCGCAAUUAUUCAAAAGCAAUUGAAACUGCUAAUCGUUGCAGUGCUAAUAAUUUACGUUUUUUCGACAUCAUCAAGUCUAUCAAAUUGGCAUCCGCUCAUGUUCAAUUUAGUAAUCUUGUUGAUAUGUUACACGAACCAGUGGCUCGUCUUCAAAAGAAUGCAUUGGUUUUACAUGAUUUGCUCAAAUAUACAGAAAAUGAUGAUGAUCAACGUUUGCUUAAAAACGCCUUGAGAUUAAAUCAAAAAUUUCUCAAUGAUUUAAAUCUAGAUGCCGCACGACGAUUAUUCAUGACACAUGACAAAUUCAAGCGUCGUUUAGUGAAAGAAAGUUUCAUUAUAGAAAGUGGUGAUCGCCGUAAAUUACGACAUUUAUUCCUAUUCAACGAUGUGAUCGUAUCAGCCAAAUAUAAAGCUUCGUCCAAGCAAAAGUUUACAUUUGAAUUACGAUGGUUUCAAAUGCUCAACGAUAUCGUUUUGGAUUCAGUUUCGAAUCUUCUAAUUCUAACCAAUUCGUCUGAAUCAUCACAAUCAUGUUCAACAAUUCAACCACAGUCAUCUUCAUCAUCCGUGCAGCACACAUUGAAUGGCAAUACUAAUAACAGUAACCAAUCAAAUCAGCAUGAAUUGGAAAAAGAAUCAAAAGAUAUUCAAACGACAGCUAAUCUUAUAUCAAGCCUUAAAUCACGAGCAUUUUCUGCAAGGCUUGACUUGUAUAUUGAAGAAAAGCGAAAAGGCCAUACAAAACAAUCGGAUCGAUUACGAAAGAAAAUAUCUGAAUUGGAAUCGGAAUUAAGCCUUUAUUUACCUCAGCUUAAAUUCUCAUUCCGUGUAAAGAAUAAUCCAAGUAAAUACUAUACAUUCUUUUUGUCUUCAGAAUAUGAACGCAAUUGCUGGAUUGAUGCAAUAAAAACAUUACAACAGCAUGCAUCUUCUGAGGAACAUGCAAACAUACAUGUGUUACAAAAAUGGAUCGAAUCCUGUAGAAAAAGCAUCAACGUUAAUUGUGGUUCAUUCCUGUUGCGUUCGAACAAAGAUGAAACGCUCCGAUAUGGCGAUCUGCAAAUGCGUUUAGUCGAUCUGGGAAAUUUUCAUUAUCAUGCCGAUUUAUUUAUCGUCAUCGAAACCGAUUCAUUUGGUCAUUAUUUUAAACGAGCAGUUGCACGUUAUCUGAUGAGGGAUUUCAUACAAAAACAAAAUCGGUGUCAGGAAUUUCUAAUUGAAUUAGAAGGAUCACAAAUUGUCCGAUUUUUGUUGUAUGAAAAAUGUCAACAACAGCAAAUAAGUGAUUAUAGUGAUAAAAAUGGUGAUGAAAAUCGAAUCCAUCAACUGAAUGGUAAAGCAAUUUUCGAGUUGACUUCUUCUUGUGCUAGUACGGAGCCGAAACUGUCGGAAAUUCAGAUCGGUGAUUAUACAUUAUGUUUCGAAACCCGUUUCAUUCCAUGGAAUUCGAUUAUGGAAACAAUUCCACCAAAUAAAAUCUAUGGUGCAUUUGGUGUUAGUAUUAGUCAAGUUUGCAAAAAAGAAAAAAGUACCAUACCAUAUCUGAUAUUAAGCUGUAUAUUGGAAGUGGAGCGUCGUGGCCUACGUGAAGUAGGUAUUUAUCGUGUAUCUGGUCUUUCAAGUGAAGUUCAAAAGCUUAAAAAAGCAUUCGAAACAAAUCCACGUGAUGCGUGCUAUCUAAUCAGAGAAACCGAUAUACAUUCGGUGACUGGUCUGUUGAAAUUAUAUCUUAGAGAAUUGCCUGAAUCAUUGUUUACCAAUGAUAUGUAUCAAAAAUAUUUCGAAGCCAGAGAUCUGAAAAAUUCUGAAGAAAAAGAGAUGAAAAUGACAUCAUUAUUAGCAAAAUUAAUUGAACCAAAUCAAUCCACAGUAAUCAAAUUGAUCGAACAUUUAGUAUUGAUCAAUCAUUUUGAAGAGGAUAAUAAAAUGUCAUUGAAUAAUCUGGCUACUGUAUUUGGACCAACGAUGUUACGUACAAAUUCAUCAUCUACAACCACUUCAUCUUCUACAUCAGCAAUGGGUCAUUCGUCAUCUGGCAGUAAAAAUUCUAUUUUAUCUUCAUCAGCGACGGCCGCAAGUCAUCAACAAAUGAUCGGAUUUGGCGGUUCUAGCAAUGCUAAUCAAAUGGUGCCUAAUAUUACGCCAUUAAUGAUCAAUACAGACCUGUUCACAGCAUCGACUAUCGAUGUCAUGGCUCAAGCAGAUAUCCUUUAUUUUUUCCUUCGUCGUAAAGCUGAUGGUUAUUCACUUACAUCAGUUGAUCAUCAGGAAGAAACUUCCCUUUGAUUGUUAGAGCACAUUUUUAUAAAUCAUGUUAUAUUUAUUCUGGUCAUUUGCCAAAACGUUGUUUAUUCUUUCACAUCAGCCAAAUGGGCUUGAUUAUACAUUUUUCCCAUUAUUCACUCAUUCAUAUUUGUCAUUGAUAUAAUUUUUUUU